AAUGACAGCUCCAUGAUGGCAAUGGGUAAGACCCUGGUGCACAUCAGGGUCACUCUUCUGCUGCUCUGGUUUGGGGUGUCUCUGUCCCUUUCUGGACACUCUCAGUCCAGGCCCUCUCAGCGAUUCUCCUCCCCGGAAUUGGUGAUCCCCUUGAAGGUGACUGGCAGCAGCAGAGAUGCAGAGGCUCCAGGCUGGCUCUCCUACAGCCUGCGGUUUGGUGGCCAGAGACACAUUGUUCACAUGAAGGUCAAGAAGUUCUUGGUUUCCAGACAUCUCCCGGUGUUCACCUACACAGACCAGCGUUCCCUCCACCAGGAUCAGCCUUUUGUUCCUGAUGACUGCUACUAUCAUGGUUAUGUGGAGGGGGUCCCCGCGUCCCUGGUUGCCCUCAGUACCUGUUCUGGGGGCUUUCGAGGAAUGCUACAGAUAAAUGGCCUUGCUUAUGAAAUUGAGCCAGUUAGGUUUUCUGCCACAUUUGAACACCUGGUCUACAAGAUAGAUGAUGAUGAUACACAGUUCCCACCUAGGAGAUGUGGGUUAACAGAAGAAGAAAUAGCACGCCAAUUGAAGUUGCAAGAGUCAUAUGAUUCCACUCUGAGGCAAAGUUCUUUUACAGGCUGGUGGACUCACUUGCGGUUUCUUGAGCUAGUAGUGGUCGUGGACCAUCUUCGAUAUGUUCACUCUCAAAGUAAUGUGUCCGUAGUGCAGACCGAAGUAGUUAGUGUCGUCAAUAUAUUAGAUGCGCUCUAUGGCCCUUUUGAGCUUGACAUAAUUUUGACUGGGCUUGAGAUCUGGACUGAAGGAAACCAAGUUGCCACAGAUGACAUAGACAAGCUUCUGGAAGAUUUUGGAUUGUGGAAGCGUUUACAACUUGAUGCCCGACUGCCACAUGAUAUUGCCCAUCUUUUCAUAAAAAAGCUCUUUGGCAUAACGCUUGGUCUUGCCUAUGUUGGAGGAAUAUGCAAGACUCCUCACAAUUCUGGAGUUGAUGUUUUUGAAGAUAGGAGUCUGCUUCUUUUUGCGGUUGUUGUGUCCCAUGAGCUUGGUCAUAAUUUGGGUAUGACUCAUGACAAUGACUGGUGUGUAUGUGCACUUGAGUUUUGCAUAAUGUACCCCUCCAGACAGGCGACAGAUAAAUUCAGCAAUUGCAGUUAUGCCCAGUAUUGGGACAAUAGUUUCCGUAGUGGAAGAUGUAUUCAGCCUCCUCCACAUACAUGGGAUAUACUGCAGUAUUGUGGGAACCUAGUGGUUGAAGAAGGAGAGGAAUGUGACUGUGGAACUACACACCAAUGUAUAAAAGAUCCCUGUUGUCUGUUGAACUGCACUCUGAAGUCUGGAGCUACUUGUGCUUUCGGGCUUUGUUGCCAAGACUGCAAGUUCAUGCCAUCAGGGUCUUUGUGCAGACAACAGAUCAAUGAAUGCGACCUUCCAGAGUGGUGCAAUGGGACAUCGCAUCAGUGCCCAGAAGAUGUAUAUGUGCAGGACGGGAUUCCCUGUAAUGACAAUGCCUACUGCUAUGAAAAGAGAUGCAAUAACCAUGACAAACAGUGCAAGGAGAUUUUUGGCAAAGAUGCAAGGAGUGCAUCUCAGAAGUGCUACCAGAAAAUCAACACCCAAGGAAGUCGAUUUGGUCACUGUGAUAUCCAGGGCACAAUAUACGUAAGGUGUAAUGCCUCUGAUAUCCUGUGCGGGAGAGUUCAAUGUGAAAAUGUGGGAGUAAUUCCUAAACUGAUAGAACAUUCUACAGUGCAUCAGCUUCACUUCAAUAACACUACUUGCUGGGGCACCGAUUAUCAUUUAGGGAUGUCCAUACCUGAUAUUGGUCAAGUGAAAGAUGGCACAAUGUGUGGUCCAGAAAAGAUGUGCAUCCAGAAGAAGUGCGUUGAGAAGGUUUCUCCUUCACAAGACUGUAAGCCUGAUACCUGCAGCAUGAAGGGGAUCUGCAAUAAUAAACAGCACUGUCACUGCGACCGUGGAUGGGCACCUCCCUUCUGUACACAGGAAGGCGAUGGAGGUAGUGAUGAUAGUGGCCCACCUCCUAAGUACCAGAAGUCUAAGUGUCUUGUUUCAGACUACGGGUCCUUCACCUCCUUGGAAUCCCAGAUAGCAGUCAGCAUGGUCGGAACUAUCCCCUUUCUGAAUGGAGUUGGUGGUUCGUGGGUGCAGCUUCAUGGUUACUAUUACUCAGAGUCUUGCCAACUCUGCUACAUCUGA